AGAAGAUCCUGGAACUCAUGUCCAACAUCAUCCAGCUGCUGACUGGAGAGGAGUGGGACUAUAUAAAAAGACACAAGAUCUUUCACAAGGAAUGGAUGAAGGAGGAGCCCAAGCUCCGUCCUCUGGACUGUGAAUAUGAAGAUAAGAGAGAAAUUACAGCUGAUCAGGGAGGAAAAUUAUGUUCUAAUAAUGAGCCAAACAAGAUUGGGGCUGAAGGAACGGAUUACAGGGCAGAUGGAAAUCUCAUAAACACUGAAAUGCCUCCGGUGGAACAGCCCCCACCAGCCAAUGGGAUUAAAGAGGAAGUGGCUUUAUGUGAAAAGAGUAACCAAUCCGACUGCAGCAUUAAUCCACUUAAAGAACAGAUACAGGGAACAGAUACACCUACUCCUAUCAUGGGAUGCAGCCUGAAUAACAGCUUGUCAGAUAGUUUUAUAUUAAAUGGUAUUAAUGAGCAGUCCGCUUCAUGGGUAGGAAGAAACCAAUCAGAUUGCAGCAUUAACCCACUUACAGAACAAAGACAGGGAACAAAGUCACAUACUCGUAUAAUGCGCUGCAGCCUGAAUAACAACUUGUCCUCAAAGUCAAACGCUAUUAAAGCAGAACAGACAUUGUGUAAAGAAGAAAAUUGCCCUGAUUUUCGGAUUCUUACUGUAUCGGAACCAGUACAGGAAACAGAUCCAUCUACGACUUUCAUGGCAUAUGGACUGAAUAACCGAUUAUUCGUUAAUUAUGCAUCAAAAUCUGUUAAAGAGGAGCCAGUUAUAUGCGAUGCUGCAAAUUUUUCUGAUUAUAACAUCAUAACUGUAACGGAUGAGAUGGCGGGAACUGAUGCUUCUAGUCCUAUCAUGGGAAGCGGCUUCACUUGCUUUUCAAAAAUGACACGCGGCAGCAAAGAUAACGGCCCGAUGAAAUGUGUCUCUACAUCAGAGCAAAGGACACGGUCUGUGAUAUAUAAUUGUACUGAGGGCCGAGCAGGAUUCAGUAGCGGCAGAGAGACGACCGUCCAUCAGAAAACUAAGACGGGAGAGAAGCCAUUUACAUGCUCCGAAUGUGGCAAAUGUUUUACCCGUCGCUGGUACCUUAAGGAUCAUCAGAAAAUUCACACGGGAGAAAAAUCCUUUUCCUGCCCCGAGUGUGGCAAAUGUUUUGCUCGUCGCUGGUACCUUAAAGUCCAUUUGCAGAGUCACACGGGGGAGAAAUCCUUCCCUUGCUCUGAGUGCGGCAAAAGCUUCUCACGUCGCUGGUACCUCACGGUGCAUCAGAAAAGUCACUCGGGGGAGAAGCAGUUUUCCUGCACGGAGUGUGGCAAAUAUUUCACUUGUACUUCAAACCUCAAAGUCCAUCAGAAAGUUCACAUGGGAGGGAAAUCGUUUUCUUGCUCGGAAUGCGGCAAGUUCUUCCCAAACCGCUCCGAUCUCUACGAACAUCAGAGAAGUCACACGGGGGAGAAACCCUUCUCUUGCCCUGACUGUGGGAAGUGUUUCAUGGAGUGCUCCGAUCUCAUCGAACAUUACCAGACUCACAGCGGAGACAAACCAUUUGCCUGUUCAGAGUGUGGGAAAUGCUUUUCACGUCGCUCUCAUCUUAAUAUUCACUUGAGAGUUCACUAAAGAAUAUUUGUACUUACAGGGGAUGUUCACCUUUAAAUGAGAACUAAACCCCCCGGGAUGUUAAGUCCCAACUGGCCCCCUCCCUGCCUUCCCCCUGCACAUUGUUACCCCUGAAUUCUUUUCCCUCUAGAGAAAGUGACUGCAAAUGCAGAAUUAGCAUAGUGGAGCUCACGGGCGCCAUCUUCUUCUCUUCGGUAAUCUUCGUGAAAGGAGUGGGGGAGUUGUAUUGAUUUUCCGGUUUUUGACAACUGUGCAUGCGCUGAAAGAGACGGAAAUUGCCAAAGGGGAGAAGGUUACUGAAGAGAAGAAGAUGGCGCCUGUGAGCUCCUCUGUGCUCACUCUGCAUUUGUGGUCGCCUUUUUCUA